AUGUGUACAAACCUGUCCCUGCCACAAAUAUCAGAUCCUAGUUCUAAAGACUGUUGCCGAAAGGAAGAUUCUUUAAAGCCAACACCAAGCGUGAUCUGGCAUCUGGCAUCUACACUUUAUUACUCUAGCUCUCGGGGACGGGGGAGCCGGGAGGAAGGGGGUUCCAAGAACGCUCCGCCUGGGAAACGCCGAAGGCGCUCGAAGGGGCAAGAGGUCAAGUCCCGGCGGGAACCGACGAAGCCUGGGGGGUCGAGAGGGGUGUGUCUGGGGCCUGGAGGCCCGCCCGAGAGUGAGAGGCCGAGGAAGGGGCCGCGGCCCCCGCCUUCGCCCGGCCUCGGGCGGCGUGCCAGGGCCCGCCUCUCGCCGACGCCUCACUUCCCCUCCGUCCAGGCGGCCAGGCCCGCGGGCCGGGCUGGAAGUGGCCCGCGCUGGCCCACCACGUCCGGGGAUUUAGGUUUCGGUGGCAACGCCGCCCGCCGCUGCCUCAGGCCCUCCGCUUCGGCUCGGGGUCCCAGGGUCCCUUCCCUCCCGGACUCGCCACCCCGCCUACCACCCGCCGCCUUUACCUGCUCCGGGAGCGGGUGGAGGGCGUCGAGGCCGGGGCCGCGUCGUCGAGUGCGCGACGCGGCGCCGCGGGUCCGCAGCCCUUUCCCGCCGCCGCCACUGCGCUCUCCGGCGCGGCGCAGGGCUGGCGAGCAGCGGCGACCGCGGGGGGGGGGGGGGGGGGGGGGAGACGCGCCGCAAGCGCCGGGCGGGGAGACACUGCCGCUCUCUGUCCGGCCGGGGAAGAGCAGCCUCGCAGCAGCCAGCCGCGAGAGGGCGGGUGGGUGGCCGAAUGGGGAGGAGGGGUCUCGGGGAGUAGGGAAUGGCUGCCACGUCGCUCAGGUGGCUCGCCGCCCUCCGCCUCCCCCACCCUCUCCAGCUCCCCGGCGCGACCUCUGGUUCGUCCCCGAGCUCCGCCAUGGCGCGUCGGCCCGCCCCGCGGGGCCGGCUCCGGGGACCCGGCCCGCGGGCGCUCCCGCCUCUCACUCCUAG